AUGGUAGAACUCAACACUUACAAAGAGUCAAAUGAUGCUGGUCCUUCCACACCUAAAUCACCAAAGUUAAAGAAACAAAAGCGAAAAGCGGUCAAGGAAGAUAUACCUGUCGCGAAGAUACCCCGCAUCACCUCUCCUGUCGGAUCACAAGAUGAACCCAUGACGGGGUCAGCUAGUGACAAAGACCCCAUGGAGACGCUUGAAGAGGUCGAUCCUAUGGCCGCAUUGGAUAACCAGGAUCAAGAAGGAAAGAAGGGAGAAGAGGGUAUCAAGGAAGAGGAAGCAGCAGUGGGACCUUUGCCCGUCACGGCAGAUGAAUUUGAGCAAGAGGCCGAGAGAGAGAUAGAGGCGAGCAAAGGGUUGGAUGGAGUGGCGGUUGACGAGGGUAAGAUGAAACUUGUUCACCAAGUCCGACAUCAGGUCGCCGUGCCUCCCGACUAUCCUUACAUUCCUAUCGCUCAACACAAACGACUCGAUCCUCCUGCUAGGACGUACAAAUUCGAGCUUGACCCUUUCCAAUUCGUCGCUACUUCUUGUAUUGAACGUAAUGAGAGUGUACUGGUUUCUGCACAUACAUCUGCGGGGAAAACCGUGGUAGCUGAGUUUGCCAUUGCAACGUGUUUGAAAGAAGGACGAAGAGUGGUUUAUACAUCCCCCAUAAAAGCUUUAUCAAACCAGAAAUAUCGAGAGUUUCUCGAAAUUUUCACCGAUGUCGGAUUGAUGACUGGUGAUGUGACAAUCAACCCUACUGCUUCUUGUCUAGUCAUGACCACUGAAAUCUUGAGAAGCAUGCUUUAUCGUGGAUCGGAAGUGAUGCGAGAGGUUGCUUGGGUAGUUUUUGAUGAAGUCCAUUACAUGCGCGAUAAAGAGAGAGGAGUUGUAUGGGAAGAAACCAUAAUUCUCUUGCCUCACACCGUUCGAUAUGUUUUCUUAUCAGCUACCAUCCCCAACUCUAUGGAGUUUGCCGAAUGGAUUUGUCAAACUCAUCAACAACCAUGUCAUGUCGUAUAUACCGACUUCCGACCUACUCCUCUCCAACAUUACCUAUUCCCUGCCGGAUCAGAAGGUAUCUAUCUUGUGGUGGACGAACGGUCCAAUUUUCGUGAAGAUAAUUUCCAAAAAGCCAUGGCCGCACUGGCUGCAGGUCAAGGAGAAGAUUCAGCCGAUCCAAAUGCUGGAAAAGGUCGUAAAGGUCAAAAGACUCGUAAAGGUGGUGCGUUGAAAGAAAAAUCAGAUAUUUACAAAAUCGUCAGACUCAUCAUGACCCGUUCGUUAAACCCUGUCAUCAUUUUCGCUUUUUCAAAGCGUGAAUGUGAGGCUUUGGCAUUACAAAUGAGUAAACUUGAAUUCAACACGGAGGAUGAAUCUACUACAGUGGGUCAAGUGUUCGAAAAUGCCAUAGGAGGGUUAUCGGAAGAUGAUCGCAAGUUACCACAAAUCGAAGCAUUGUUACCUUUGCUCAAAAGGGGUAUAGGGAUACAUCAUGGAGGUUUAUUACCUAUAUUGAAGGAAGUCAUCGAGAUUUUGUUCCAGGAGGGAUUGAUCAAAUGUUUGUUUGCCACGGAAACUUUUUCAAUUGGAUUGAACAUGCCGGCCAAGACGGUUGUUUUCACUUCGGUACGCAAGUUUGACGGGAAGGACUUUCGAAAUUUAUCAGGAGGGGAAUACAUUCAAAUGUCCGGUCGAGCAGGUCGUCGAGGUCUGGAUGCAAGGGGAAUAGUCAUCAUGAUGUGUGACGAGAAACUCGAGCCUGAUAUCGCUAAAAGUAUGGUCAAAGGUCAAGCAGAUCGACUAGAUUCGGCUUUCCACUUGGGAUACAAUAUGAUCAUCAACCUUAUGAGAGUGGAAGGUGUCAGUCCGGAGUAUAUGCUAGAGAGGUGCUUCUACCAAUUUCAGAAUUCGAAGAGUGUACCUGUGCUCGAAGCGCAACUCAAAAAAGCCAUAGCUGAACGUGACUCCAUCAAGAUUGAACAAGAAGAAUCGAUCAAAGAUUACUAUGACCUCCGAUCCCUUUUAUCUGACAAAGGUGCCGACUUCCAAUCCGUCAUCACCCAUCCCUCUUAUUCUCUCCCCUUUCUACAAUCCGGCCGUCUCAUCGAGGUCCGGGAUGGGGAUAAAGACUUCGGUUGGGGUGUAGUGGUAGCAUAUAACAAAGUAACCCCUCCCAAAGGUCGUCCGCCUGUCAUUACCGAGAAUGAUCCUCCUCAAAAGGGAUACAUCGUUGACGUCCUUAUAAAAAUUGCUUCUGAUUCUACCAUACCGCGAGAUCGAUCAGGGGCAAGUAUACUUCCUCCUCCCAAAAAUGAUCCUGGUGUCGUAGCCAUAAUCAGCGUAUUAUUGAGUACCGUACAAUCUAUCAGUCAAUUCCGAAUCAAUUUACCAAAAAUGCUCAAGGGACAAGAAGAGAAAAACGUAGCGUUCAAAGCUGUCAAUGAGAUUCUGAGAAGAAUGCCAGAUGGUCCAACUUUAUUGGAUCCUAUAAAAAAUAUGGGAAUACAAGAUAAAUCUUUCAAAGAUCUUGUCAAGCAAAUUUCUUUACUUGAACAGAAGAUUCAAUCAUUGGAAAUCACAUCUUCUCCAUUAUUACCACAAUUAUACGAUGCGUAUUCUCGUAAACAACGAGUAUCAGAAGAAAUCAGAACUUUGAAAAGAAGGAUCAACGGGGUUCAUGAUGUUUUACAGUUGGAAGAAUUGAAAGCAAGAAAAAGAGUUUUGAGAAGAUUAGGUUUUACGACUCAUGAUGAUGUUGUGGAAAUGAAAGGUCGUGUGGCUUGUGAGAUUAGUACGGGAGAUGAACUUAUGUUAACUGAGAUGAUGUUUGGUGGGGUUUUCAAUCCGUUAAGUCCUGAACAAUGUGCUGGGUUGUUGAGUUGUUUCGUCUUUCAAGAGAAGUCAGAGGCGAAAGUCCGUCUAAAAGAAGAUUUAGCAGCACCCCUCAGAGUUUUACAAGAGACAGCUAGACGUAUCGCCAAAGUAUCAAACGAAUCGGGUAUAGCAUUGGUGGAGGAUGAAUAUGUUCAGGGUUUUAAAGUGGAGAUGAUGGAUGCUGUUUUACAAUGGUGUAAAGGUGCUAAAUUCGCAGAGAUUUGUAAGCUCACAGAUAUCUUUGAAGGUUCCAUCAUUCGAUGUUUCCGUCGUUUGCAAGAGCUUCUUCGUCAGAUGGGUCAAGCUGCACAUGCCAUAGGUAAUACAGAGCUUGAAGAAAAGUUCGGUGCGAGUUUACAAAUGCUCGAAAGGCCCAAUACGGUUGUGUUCAAUCCAUCUUUGUACUUGUAA